AUGCUGUUCAAUCGGUCUUUUUUCACUUCCUUCUUACUCUUUCUCAUCUUCCUCUUUGGUUGUGCAUCAUCUGCAACUUUACCUACCCGAGAAGCGGAGGCCUUUAAAGCUGCACUAACCACAUUGAAAAAAACGAAUAUUGAUUUGAAUGUGGAUCCAUGCGAAGUCUCAUCUACUGGAAGUGAGUGGUCAACCAUCAACAGAUGGAAAGAUGAAGAAAAUCUUCAAGGGUCUCUUCCCAAAGAGUUUGUGGGACUUCCUUUUCUGCAAGAUAUUGAUCUCUCUAGAAACUAUCUCAAUGGUUCCAUCCCUCCUGAAUGGGAAGUCUUGCCACUUGUAAACAUAUCGCUUCUUGGAAACCGGUUAACGGGUCCAAUCCCUAAAGAGGUUGGAAACAUUACAACUCUUACUAACCUUGUUUUGGAAGCUAAUCAACUUUCAGGAGAAUUACCUCCGGAGCUCGGGAAUCUACCAAACAUUCAGCAAAUAAUACUUAGCUCAAACAACUUCAUCGGAGAAAUUCCAACCACUUUCGCAAAACUAACCACUUUGAGAGAUUUUCGUGUAAGUGAUAACCAAUUGACAGGAACAAUUCCAGAUUUUAUCCAAAACUGGACUAAACUUGAGAGACUGUUCAUUCAAGCAAGUGGUUUAGUCGGACCAAUUCCCAUGGCCAUUGCUCCUCUCGCUGAGUUAAAGGACUUGAGAAUCAGCGAUUUGAAUGGACCCGAAUCUCCAUUUCCACCGCUAAAGAACACGACAAAGAUGGAAACGUUAAUACUUAGGAGCUGCAAUCUAACAGGAGAUUUGCCCUCGUAUCUUGGAAACCUUGCCUCCUUAAAGCUCCUAGAUCUUAGCUUCAACAAACUGAGUGGAACAAUCCCUAGCACUUAUUCUAAUCUUAGUGACGGAUGUUACUUAUAUCUUACAGGAAACAUGUUGAACGGGUCAAUCCCAAUUUGGAUGAUAAACAAAGGAUACAGAAUUGAUCUUAGUUAUAACAAUUUCUCAGUAGAUCCAAGUCCAACUAAUGCAGUAUGCCAGUACAAUGAUGUAGUUUCUUGUAUGAGAAGCUAUCAAUGUCCUAAAACUUUCAAUGGUCUUUAUAUAAACUGUGGUGGAGAUGAAGUGACAAUCAACGGGACAAUGUACGAAGCUGAUAAAUACGAUAGACUUGAGAGUUUAUACGAAAGUCAAAAUGGAUGGUUCUCAAGCAACAUAGGAGUCUUCGUAGACGAUAAACAUGUUCCCGAGAGAGUAACAAUCGGGUCUAACACAUCCGAGCUCAACGUGGUAGAUUCUAGCCUAUAUACGCAAGCUCGUCUCUCAGCCAUAUCACUCACUUACUAUGCAUUGUGUCUUGGAAAUGGAAAUUACAAUGUUACUCUCCAUUUCGCUGAGAUCUUGUUCAGUGGUAACAAUACUUAUCAAAGCUUGGGUAGACGCUUCUUCGACAUAUACAUUCAGAGAAAGCUCGAGGUGAAAGAUUUCAAUAUCGUUGAGGAGGCAAAAGGUGUUGGUAACGUUGUCGUUAAGACAUUUCCUGUCGAGAUAACAGACGGGAAGUUGGAGAUAAGAUUGUCUUGGGCCGGAAAAGGAACUACGGUUAUUCCCACAGAAGAUGUUUAUGGUCCUCUCAUAUCUGCUAUAUCAGUGGAUCCAAAUUUCAAAGCACCACCUAGAAGUGGUAUGAGUACUACUCUCCAUGUAGUUGCAGUGAUGGCGUACGUAUUUCUCAUACUUCUCAUAUUUGUUCUGAUUGGUAUGCUCUUGAAAAUAAGUCACUCGAGAUCGAGGAAUCAAAUGGGAAGAGAUUUCAGGAGUUUGGAUCCUAUGAUAAGUUCUUUCUCGUUGAGGCAAAUCAAAACCGCUACAAACAAUUUUGAUUUAGCAAAUAGGAUUGGAGAAGGCGGAUUCGGUCCUGUACACAAGGGAGAGUUGUCUGAUGGAACAAUAAUCGCGGUGAAGCAGCUUUCCACAGGAUCAAGACAAGGGAACCGUGAGUUCUUGAAUGAGAUUGGCAUGAUCUCAGCUCUUCACCACCCGAAUCUUGUCAAACUAUAUGGAUGUUGUGCUGAAGGAGACCAGCUUUUGUUAGUCUAUGAGUUUGUGGAAAACAACAGCCUCGCUCGAGCAUUGUUUGGUCCUCAAGAAACUCAGUUGAGAUUGGAUUGGCCAACAAGGCUAAAGAUUUGUAUCGGGGUAGCGAGAGGACUAGCAUACCUUCACGAGGAAUCGAGGCUAAAGAUUGUACACAGAGACAUUAAAGCAACUAAUGUGUUGUUAGACAAAGACUUGAAUCCGAAAAUAUCAGACUUUGGUAUCGCCAAGCUUAAUGAAGAGGACAGCACUCACAUUAGCACUCGAGUUGCUGGAACAUUCGGUUACAUGGCUCCCGAGUACGCCAUGAGAGGGCAUUUGACGGAUAAAGCUGAUGUUUAUAGUUUCGGUAUUGUAGCUCUAGAGAUUGUUCAUGGAAGAAGCAAUAAGACAGACCUAUCCAAUAAUUAUACUUACCUUAUUGAUUGGGUGGAGAUUUUGAGGGAGCAGAAUAAUCUGUUGGAACUGGUGGAUCCAAGACUAGGAUCAGAUUACAACAGAGAAGAAGCAAUGACCAUGAUUCAAGUGGUGAUAAUGUGUACAAGCCAGGAUCCGAGUGAUAGACCACUGAUGUCUGAAGUGGUAAAAAUGUUGGAAGGUAAAAAGGUGGUGCAGAUGGAGAAGCUUGAAGAAGCUUCAAUCCAUAGAGAAACAAAGAGACUUGAGAACAUAAACACGAUGAAGAAGUAUUACGAAAUGAUAGGGAACGAGAUAAGUACAAGCAUGAGCAUGACCCUGACUGAUCAAAGUACCUCAUCAGAGCACUAAU